UAGAAACCAGUAGCCCUUUUCACAAAAAAUCUUACGACAUAUAUUUCUCUUAAGUGAAAACUUACGAUAAAAGUCGUUUUCACAAAAAAUCUUAUGAAAGACCUAAGUGUAAAAUCUGUCGUAACUUUACGACAGCCCUAACCCUCUCUUAAGUGUAAAAUAUUGUACUUACGUAAAAUUAUUUACUUAAACAUUAAUCCUAAGACAGAAAUAAAUGUAAACAAAAAUGGCUGCAGCGUUUGUUGUUUUAUUUCAUUCGGAGAGAGCAAUGCGUCGGGAAAGGGUUUUUCGAGACCGGUCAAACCCUUUGGACAAAUUUAAUGACGACGAAAUCGUAGCUCGGUAUCGUUUCCCAAGGCCAUGCAUUUUGGAGCUGAUUGACCUUGUACAAGAAAGUAUACAGCAUCCAACCACAAGAUCAUAUGCCAUACCUUCACAUAUACAAGUGUUGACAACUCUACGCUUUUUAGCCAAAGGAGAGUAUUUGUCCGAGGUUGGCGAUCUUCAUGGAAUUUCCAUAUCAUCCGCUUCCAGGAUUGUCACCUCUGUUACCUCUGCUUUGUGCGAGUCCUUGGAUAAUGUUAAGUUUCCUGAGUCAAAUGAAGAACUUUCAAAGGUGAAAGAGGACUUCUAUCAGAUUGCAGGGUUUCCAAAUGUUGUAGGGGCGAUUGAUGGGACGUUGAUACCCAUCCAAGGCAUGACAGGGGAUGAGGAGCCCAAUUUUAUCUGCAGAAAAGGGUUUCCAGCUAUAAAUGUACAAGGUGUUGUGGAUGCCAACCUUCGCUUUUCAAACAUAGUGGUAAAGUGGCCAGGAGCGACUCACGACUCCUUUAUCCUGCAGAAUUCCUCACUUCCAAAUCUACUGAGGAGAGUUAAUGGUUGGUUGUUGGGGGAUUCUGGGUAUCCACUCAGGAAGUGGCUCUUGACCCCAUUUGUUAACCCCAGGACCCCUCAGGAGCAGAGGUACAACAAUGCCCACUGCACCACAAGAAAUACAGUUGAGAGGGCAUUUGGAGUCCUCAAGAGUAGAUUCAGAUGCAUUCACAAAACAGGAGGUAGUUUACAGUUUGCACCUGUAAAAUGUAUCAAGAUUAUAGAGUGCUGUAUGAGACUGCACAACAGAGCAAUAGAUGCCAACAUUCCAGUCAUUGGUGGAAAUGACCCCAUCCAGCUUUAUCAUGACAAUGCUGUGUACCAGGGCUUGGAUAACGAUGGGAUUGCUGUGCGACAAAGACUUGUUCAGAGGUUUUAAAAACAUUUGCUAUGUGUUAGGAUUUUAAUACUACUUUGUUUGUUGUAUGUAUAAAUGCUUGUUUGUUCAAAAUUAGAGGUCUUUUUCAUGUGAGCACAUAGUAACAUAGAAAUUACAUCAUGCAAUGAACAAAUGUACACCCACAUAGAUGGCUGGUUAAUUCCCAUGUAAAUGAAACAUGUGUUCUUUAUCUAAUUCACAAGUAAUGUCUGUGUAGUACAAGUAGACUAUGUAAUACAUAUUAAUGUGAAGUUGUUUUUUCAUGAAAAGGUAUUCACCUAUCAAAUGGCAGGAUAAAUAAAGAAAAGAACUUAAAAUCUUUUAUCAAUUCCUAUUUUUUAUCUGAAUAGAAAAAAGAAGACAAAUGUAAAGAACAGUGAUAACUUUUAAUUUUGUUUAGUUUGUCAACAAUAACAAUUUUUUAAAACAAUCUUGGUUUGUCAAUAAUAACAUUAUUUAAAACAAUCUUGGUCUGUCAACAUCAUUUUUGAAAACAAU